CGGGCCUUUGCGCAUGUGCGGGGUAAAACGGGAAGAAGGUGAAGAUGGCGGCGGCCAGGGUCGGGGUCCUGGGAGUCCGGUGGCUGCAAAGAGCAGCCCGGAACGUGAUGCCUUUGGGUGCACGGACAGCUUCCCAUAUUACCAAGGACAUGCUCCCGGGGCCCUAUCCUAAGACCCCAGAAGAACGGGCCGCCGCGGCCAAGAAGUACAACAUGCGCGUGGAAGAUUACGAACCUUACCCGGAUGAUGGCAUGGGGUAUGGGGACUACCCGAAGCUCCCUGACCACUCACAGCAGGAGAGGGAUCCGUGGUAUGACUGGGACCAUUCCGACCUGAGGUUGAACUGGGGUGAACCGCUGCACUGGAACCUAGACAUGUAUAUCAGGAAUCGUGUGGACACGACCCCCACGCCUGUUUCUUGGGAUGUCAUGUGUAAGCACCUGUUUGGCUUUGUGGCCUUCAUGAUCUUCAUGUUCUGGUUGGGAGAUACUUACCCCACCUACCAGCCUGUGGGGCCGAAGCAAUAUCCGUAUAAUAAUCUGUACCUGGAGCGAGGCGGCGAUCCCAGCAAAGAGCCUGAGCCGGUGGUUCACUAUGAGAUCUGAGGAGGUUCCCUGGGCUUUUGUGCCCUCCAACUAGGACUCCUUGGUUCCCAGAGAGAGAUUUAACCUUAAUGGAAUCCCAAAUAAAACUUAGUGUUGUGC